GAGAGAGAGAGAGAGAGAGAGAGGACGACGACGAGCGGCGCUUAUCUACAGGCACAAUCAUCACCGCAUCACUGACUGACCCGCUACCGCAAGACACGGAUGUGCAAUCGUCGCGUCGUGCCACUGUCACAUCAUGCGUUCGUCAUCGUAUGUAGCGAUGAAGGUGUUUUGAGACGCUGUUUCGCCGCAGCAGGGCCAGAGAUACACCGCUGAAGCGAGUGGCAGUGGCAUUAACGUUAGCUCCUGGAGACCCCAUUCGUGCACACCACAGACCGCAAUGAUUGGACACUGCCUUCCUCGAUCGUCCAACUCCUAGUUCUGCUGCACCUGGUUUAAAGACUGCCUGCCUGAGAGCUGAUCGUUGCUACAGUUGCCAUGACUUAGAAACAUUCCUGAUACAGAGAUGGAGAAAAAGAAACCGUGUCCCCGCCUCCUGGACUACCUGGUGGUAGUUGGAGCCAGGCAACCCAGCAGCGAUAGUGUGGCACAAACACCUCAGCUGCUGAGGCGCUAUCCGCUGGAGGACCACAAUGACUUUCCUCUGCCCCCUGACGUUGUCUUCUUCUGCCAGCCUGAGGGCUGCCUGAGCAUCCGUCAGCGCCGGGUCAGCCUCCGCGACGACACAUCUUUUGUCUUCGCUCUCACCGACAAAGACUCGGGCAUCACCCGCUAUGGAAUCUGCCUCAACUUUUACCGCUCUUUCCAGAAGGGCCACCACCGCCCACGAGCUGAAGGGAAAGGAGAAAGGGCCCCUCAUACAGACUCUGCAGUGGAGGCCACAGAGAAAUCUGACCCCUCUUCAUUGACACUUCCAGGGGAAUCUACAGUUCCCCCUGCAGGAGAUGGGGCUUUGCCACCAGGCGAGCCGGGCAGCAUUGGAAAAUCUCCACGAGCCAAACGCAGUGGCCGACUGGCACCACAGAACCGGAACAGCACGUUAAUGUCUCUGUGUGUUAUUAGCCACUACCCUUUCUUUUCUACGUUCAGAGAGUGUCUGUACAUCCUCAAACGCAUGGUGGACUGCUGUAGCCAGCGGCUCAACCAGAGACCCGGUGCUGCCAAGUCCACACAGCGGGACACAAUGUGGCGUGUGUUCACAGGCGCUCUGUCCGUUGAGGAAAAGGAGAAGGGCAGUCAGGUGCUACAGGACCUGAGGGAGAUCGAGUCAUGGGUAUAUCGCCUUCUGCAUUCCCCAGUGCCUGUCGCUGGUCAGCGACGUGUUGACGUGGAAGUACUGCCCCACGAGCUGCAGCCUGGACUGACCUUUGCCCUUCCAGACCCGUCCCGCUUCAGCAUUGUAGACUUCCCUCUCCAUCUGCCCCUGGAGCUGCUGGGAGUCGAUGCUUGUCUGCAGGUCCUGGCCUGCAUUCUGCUGGAACACAAGGUGGUACUGCAGUCCCGAGAUUAUAACGCCCUCUCAAUGAGCGUCAUGGCGUUUGUUGCAAUGAUUUACCCCCUUGAGUACAUGUUUCCUGUCAUUCCACUGUUACCCACCUGCAUGGCCUCCGCAGAACAGCUCCUGCUAGCACCCACUCCAUAUGUCAUUGGUGUGCCUGCCAGUUUCUUCCUGUACAAAACUGAUUUUAAGAUGCCAGAUGACGUUUGGUUAGUGGAUCUGGACUGCAACAAGGUCAUUGCUCCAAGCAAUGCAGAAUUGCUCCCUCCCCUUCCUGAACCCGAGGCCUCUGAGCUGAAGAAACACUUGAAGCAGUGUCUGGUAAGGUUGACUGUGAUCACCCAAAAGCAGAUCUUCGCCUCCGAUUCCAAGGCUCUGGCUAGCAUGAGUCUGAACACACAGCCUAUACUGAAUCUGGAGAAGUUUCAGGAUGGACAUGAGUUGUCUUUGUUGCCCCCUGGUCGUGACAAAGCCUCCCCCUCCUCCACUGAGUUCAACCCGCUCAUCUACGGCAAUGAUGUGGACUCAGUUGAUGUUGCCACAAGGGUGGCGAUGGUGAGAUUCUUCAACUCUCCAAAUGUGCUACAAGGGUUCCAGAUGCACACACGCACUCUGCGCCUUUUCCCCCGUCCUGUGGUGGCAUUCCAGGCCACGUCUUUCCUAGCCUCUCGCCCUCGGCGGAGUGGAUUCACCGAAAAGCUCUCCCACACCCAAGCGGUUGAGUACUAUGGAGAGUGGGCUCUCAACCCCACCAACCUGGCUUUCCAAAGGAUUCAUAACAAUGUGUACGACCCUUCUCUAAUAGGCGAUAAGCCUAAGUGGUACGCCCAUCAGUUACAGCCAGUAUUCUACCGUGUGUACGAUGGAAACUCUCGUCUGGCAGAGGCAUUGAGUGGACCCCUGCAGGAUGAGACCAAUGAUUCAGACCCAACAGAUGACAGUGGUAGUGACAGUGAAGCAUAUGAUGACUCCAGCUCUUCCUACUCAUCUCUUGGAGAUUUUGUGAAUGAGAUGAUCAAAGGGGACAUACAGGGGGACACACCAAAUGUUGACCCCCUGACCCAUGCUGCACUGGGAGAUGCAAAUGAGGUAGAGAUCCAUGACUUCCAGGAGUUUAAGGGGGACAGCGGUGACCCAGAGCCAGAGGGUCCCCUGGAGACAGCGGACAGCCAGCCGCUGCGGUCCAGCUCCAGCACCACGGCCAGUUCCAGCCCCAGUACAGUCAUACAGGGAGUCAACCAUGAGCAGAAGGAACCUGUUGAUGUAGAGGCGACAACAAGUGUGCCCAUCAAGAACUCUGUCCCAGGAUUGGGUGCUCCACCUUUUACAAGACCCGGUCCUGAUCCGGUGCCUGUUGACCCAGGCAAUAAGAAGCGCGAGUAUGAUAAUCCCUAUUUUGAACCCCAGUAUGGCUUCCCUACAGAAGAAGAUGCAGAAGCAGAUGAGCAGGAGGAGAGUUACACACCACGAUUCAAUCAGAAUCUUAAUGGCAACAAGCCAUCACGUCCAUUGAGACCCAGCAGUCUGAAGCUUCCAGGUGAAUCUGACGGGGAGGGAGACUCCAGAAAUAGCUCUCCGAACUCCACCAUCUCCAACAAUAGUAACGAUGGCUUCGGGGGACUCAUGUCCUUCGCCAGUAACCUGUAUAAAAACCACGGCACCAGUUUCAGUCUCUCCAGUCUGGCUCUGCCUAAUAAAGCGCGAGAGAAGAACACACCGUUCCCCAGCCUCAAAGAAUAUUUUAAUUUUGAUUUAACAGAGGACACGGAUCAAGACGAUGGUGAUGACAGUCCUGAAAGUCCUGUAUUUGGGCUAAAUUCUCUUAUGGAGAUUGUAACAGAGAUCGGCCCGGGGAGCGGAGAAGGGGCACGAGCUCCCAGAGCGCUGGUAGAUCAGAAAUCCUCUGUUAUUAAGCACAGCCCCACCGUCAAGAGAGAGUCUCCAUCUCCUCAGGGCAGAGCCAACAACACCAGUGAGAACCAGCAGUUUCUUAAGGAGGUGGUCCAGAGCGUGCUUGAUGGGCAGGGUGUGGGCUGGCUCAACAUGAAGAAGGUACGCCGCCUGCUAGAGAACGAACAGCUGCGCGUCUUUGUGCUGAGUAAACUCAACCGUGCUGUCCAAUCAGAGGAAGACGCUCAGCAGGAAGUUAUAAGAGAUGUGGAGAUAAACAGGAAAGUGUACAAAGGCAUGUUGGACCUACUGAAGUGCACCGUGUCCAGUUUGGAGCACUCUUACACUAAUGCUGGCCUGGGAGGCAUGGCCAGCGUCUUCAGUCUUCUAGAGAUAGCGCGCACCCACUACCAAACCAAAGACCUAGACAAGCGGAAACGGAGCCCCACAGAGGGGAUUAACAGCCCAGGCAGUAAGGAGAGCCCAUCAGGCCGAAUGGAGAGUGCCAGGGCGGCAGGCGUGCUCCUGGUACCCCGUAUACAAUUGCCACCACCCUCCUCUGGGAAAUCGCCACGGCAGUUUGAUACACGAAGUCUGAACGAAGAGAAUUUUAUUGCCUCCAUUGAAUUGUGGAGCAAGCACCAGGAUAACAGAAAGCAAAAAGCUUUGGAAAAAGAACAGAGGGCCGAUGGAGCAAAACAGCGCCUAGAAGGUGGAGACACUGAUGAAAAGAAAUCACAGAUCAGUGCUGACAGUGGCCUCAGUGUGACAUCUGGCUCACAGAAGAGUGAUACAGAGUCCCUGGCGAGCUCCGAGCCUCCUGCUCUGACGAGAAGCAACAGUCAGGACUCAGAGGCUAGCACAGUGGUGAGUAACAGCUCAGGUGAAACACUGGGUGCGGACAGCGACCUGAGCAGCACUGCUGGAGACGGCCAGACAGGAAGACAUGCUCAACAUCUCAACCUGUCCCGUGGCACACUGUCCGACAGCGAGAUUGAGACCAACCCUGCGACCAGCUCUGUGUUUGGCAAGACCCAUAUGCUGAAGCCAGGAGUGAAGGGACCUGUUAGUGUCAAUAAGGGAGCACCAGCACCGCCCCUUGAGGAUGUUAGCAUGAGGAUCUACCUGUGUGAGGGGCUGCUGGGGCGAGAUAAAAGCUCAGUUUGGGACCAACUGGAGGAUGCUGCCAUGGAAACCUUUUCUCUGAGUAAGGAGCGCUCUACUCUGUGGGAUCAGGUGCAGUUCUGGGAGGAUGCCUACUUGGAUGCCGUAAUGUUGGAACGGGAAGGAAUGGGGAUGGAUCAGGGACCACAAGAAAUGAUUGACAGAUAUCUGUCUCUGGGAGAUCAUGACCGCAAGAGACUGGAGGACGAUGAGGACAGACUACUGUCCACUCUCCUGCACAACAUGAUCGCCUACAUGCUUAUGAUGAAGGUCAGUAAAAAUGACAUCAGGAAGAAGGUACGGCGUCUUAUGGGGAAAUCUCACAUCGGCCUCACACACAGUCAGGAGGUCAAUGAAGUCCUGGACCGCCUUGCAAAUUUGAGUGGCCGAGAGCUUUCCCUCAGGCCAAGUGGAAGCCGGCACAUUAAGAAACAGACAUUUGUUGUGCAUGCUGGGACUGAUACAACUGGUGACAUAUUUUUCAUGGAGGUGUGUGACGACUGCAUCGUCUUGCGCAGUAACAUUGGCACAGUCUAUGAGCGCUGGUGGUAUGAGAAGCUCAUUAAUAUGACCUACUGUCCCAAGACCAAAGUGUUGUGUCUGUGGAGGAGGAACGGCCAAGAGACACAGCUUAACAAGUUCUACACCAAGAAGUGUCGGGAACUAUACUACUGUGUUAAAGACAGCAUGGAGCGUGCUGCUGCACGACAACAAAGCAUCAAACCAGGUCCAGAGCUGGGAGGUGAGUUUCCAGUUCAGGACAUGAAGACAGGGGAGGGUGGUCUCCUUCAGGUCACGCUGGAAGGCAUCAACCUCAAAUUUAUGCACAGCCAGGUUUUCAUAGAGCUGAGUCACAUUAAAAAGUGCAAUACAGUGAAAGGAGUCUUUGUCCUGGAGGAGUUUGUUCCUGAAACUAAAGAAGUGGUGAUCCAUAAGUACAAGACUCCUAUGGCAAAUCAGAUCUGUUACUCGGUGCUCUGCCUCUUCUCCUACAUGGCGGCGGUCAAAGGGAAAGAGUCAGAGGGCAAGCCCAAGAUGCUGUCCCCUCGUCCACUACCGAGCUAGCACAUUUCUCUCCUACGUUUACUUCAGCCCGCUCCUGAACUCCUGCAAUACUCCUGUUCAAUACUCUUGCCAAGCUCCUUUAAGGACCUCUGCUCCUGUACCAAUUCACAUCUAGAUGUAUUCACAUAUUCAACACAUUUGUCCUAAAAGAAACGUCUCAUUCAUAUAAUAGAUAUUAUCACGUACCCGAUAUAGUAUUCCAGUCCGACACUAAAAUGCUGGCGUUUCAUUCUCAUAGUAUGGACCAACCAGAACAAGAAUAGACUUUGAAUACUAUUGGUUGGCGCCCUCCCAUUUCUACAGUUUUAUUUAUUGCAAUCGGAGGCAUUUGGUUGAAUGCACAUCCCAUGCGCAGCUCUUGCGAGUUGGCACUGGCAUGCAGAGAUCAGGCUCUUCAACCACCUCUGAUAUCAGUCAACAGGCUGUGUAUUUAAUAUUUAUGUGCAAAGUUGUACUGUAAAUUCCAGUCCGUUCUGUCUGUUGUGGGUGAAAUGUUCAAGUCUUUCCAAUCUUGCGCUGCCACGUAUGAGGGGUUUGCCUUAACCCUCCGUCCCAUUCCUAAAUGUUCGUUUCGCCCUCCCUUAACUGCUAUAAGUGUAUCUCUUUAGCUCUUGCCACGUGAGGCUCAAACUACUGUGCUAUUUCUGCUGUAAAGUUCCCUGUGUGUGAACUGCUGUGUUAAAAUGCAUGUCACUUGAAAAUAAUGAAUAUUUAAAAAAGGAAGAAA